AUGGCGAAAUUCUGGUGGGGUGACAAUUUGAAUGAAAAGAAGAUCCAUUUGCUAGCUUGGGAGAAGUUGUGUGUACCUAAAGCGGAAGGAGGUCUAGGAUUUAGGAAUAUGGUGCUCUUUAACCAAGCUUUACUUGCUAAGCAAGGUUGGAGAAUUUUACAAUAUCCGGACUCUCUUAUCGCUUCACUCUAUAAGGCGAAAUACUUCCCGGAUUGUGGUUUUAUGGAUGCUAAGUCUGUGAAUGGAGGCUCUUAUGCGUGGAGGAGUAUUGUUCAUGGUAGAGAAUUGUUGAGGAAAGGGCUUCGUUUCCAGGUCGGGAAUGGCAAUAGGAUUAGAGUCUGGUCUGAUCCGUGGGUACCUCUUCCGUUCAGUUUCAAACCUAUCUCAAGACCACCGGAUGGGCUGGAAGAUUUAAGGGUGGUGGAGCUACUUGAUAAUGAAUUGCAUGAGUGGAAUGUCCCGUUACUACGGGAACUCUUUACACCCUGUUUGGACCCAAAAUGA